AUCAACUAUAAGCAAAGAAAAGGAAACCAAAAUUCAGCGUAAAACCCUAAUCCCAAUCGUUCAACCUUCAAACAAACCUGAAAACAAAAUCCUUCUCCUCCAAAUCCAAGCGUAACCUUAGACCCUAUUUUUAGGUCACAGAACAGUGAAAGAGAACACCGCUUCACAAUCAUGGAGGUAGAAGAAAUCGAGAAGAAAGCAGUGAGAAUAUUCGUCGGCGGUUUAGAUGAAGCCGUAACCACCGACGACAUUCGCCGCCUAUUCGAAUCACUUGGCACCGUUCAAUCCCUCGAAACCAUCCGAACCAAAUGCCGCAACCUCGCUUACCUCGACUUCCUCUCCGAUCCUAAAUCCCUAUCCAAACUUUUCAGCAAGUAUAAUGGAUGUGUGUGGAAAGGUGGAAAGCUGAGACUUGAAAAGGCUAAAGAGCACUACCUUGAUCGGAUGAAAAAAGAAUGGGAAGAAGAUAAGAUUUGUAGUAUAGAAGCAUCGGCUACUGAGAUUACUACUCAAAAGAAGGAAUUGGUAAAGGAAAAGCCUAUUUCAAGGUUGAUGCACUUUGAUAGUUUUGGGUUGUAACGUGAGUUUCUUGUUUCUUCAAUCGGUUUAGGUUGAUGCACUUUGAUAGUUUUUGUUUGAUUAAUAAUAACGUGGAUUUGAUUUAACCUAAUUAGUGUUGUUUUAGAUACUAAUUAUCAUUAUCUUGUGAUGUGCUGAUGAGGUUUUGGACAAGGAGAAAGGCAAGAUUGAAUCUGGUGAGGUUCUUCGCCUUGCAAGUGAAAUACGUGGAGAAGUUCACGUCCAUGACGAGGUUUUGCACGCUCUGCAGCUACCUGAGUUAUCGUUUAAGGUGGAAAACCUGAGGGAGUUACUAGGAAUGUCCGUCUCGAGAGACCGGUAACAGAUUAUGGUGCUUGCAAACAUCAAUCAUCAAACAGUGAAAGUUUGCAAACUUAUGAGUUUUGCAAACUUUUCCUUGAAAUGAUAACUUACAGAUACUAGCUGCUUGGUGGCCAGUGGAGCACUCAAGGACGAAGCUGAGAUGCAGAAGGCAAGGAGGAUGAAAAUACCAAUAGUUAGAGAAGACUAUUUGGUUGACUGUAUGGAAAGAAAGAAGAAGCUUCCAUUUGAUAGGUACAAAGUUGAAAUGAUUGGUGAGACUUCUAGCAUGGUCACCGUCAAAGUGAAGGGGCAAAGUGUUGUUCACGAUGCUUCUGGCCUGCAGGAUUCUGGCCACAUACUGGAGGAUGGGAAAAGUAUAUAUAAUACAACUUUGAAUAUGUCUGAUUUGUCUACUGGUAUUAACAGUUACUACAUCCUUCAAAUAAUUGAGGAAGAUAAGGGGUCAGAUUGCUAUGUGUUUCGUAAAUGGGGUCGAGUGGGAAGUGACAAGAUUGGAGGGUCCAAACUGGAAGACAUGUCGAAAUCUGAGUAUACUGUUCGUGUUGUUGAUGUGUUUGCUAUGCCGUAGAGUGGGACUGGUGUUAGUGUCGAAGUUGUUGAUCAUGUUAUUCAAACUAAUAUGCUUGAUAUGUUGAAACAAACUGAAAGGUAUUUUUGCAAUCAAGUUAUUGUUUUGAGUGAAGCAUUAUCUUCAAUUCUACUAUGUGAUUCAAAUAAAAGAGAUUGAUUGAACCCAGAAUUAUAAAAUAAAUUGAUUUGUUCCCAAAAUUCAAUUGAAACCCUAACCCAUAUUCCUUCGUCAAUAAUACUUUGGUUGUCCAAAAUUUGUUAUAGUCUCUAUAUUAGUAUCUGUGCUCAAAGGAUUUUGGCAUUUCUGACAGGUAACAUCACAUUCACUUC